CAAAAUAAGUAGCGCCAGUAUGAGAAUGUGAUAUUAUUAUUAUCGAAAAUUAUAUUCCGCGUGUCCUUUUCUAUCUUGAAUUCUUCAAGAAAACAGCUCAAAAAUGGCAGGCGUACCAGAGGUUGAUGAAACUUUGAAAAAGAAGAGAACCUUCAGGAAGUUCACCUUCCGAGGUGUUGAUCUUGAUCAACUCCUUGACAUGCCAAAUGAGGGACUCAUGGAUUUGAUGCAUGCUCGUGCUAGAAGGCGUUUUUCUCAUGGUUUGAAAAGAAAACCAAUGGCACUUGUUAAGAAAUUACGUAAAGCAAAGAAAGAAGCACCACCACAUGAAAAACCAGAAAUUGUCAAGACUCAUCUUCGUAAUAUGAUCAUUGUUCCAGAAAUGGUUGGUUCAAUUGUUGGUGUAUACAAUGGUAAAACAUUCAAUCAAGUUGAAAUUAAACCUGAGAUGAUUGGACAUUAUCUUGGUGAAUUUUCAGUAACAUACAAACCUGUCAAACAUGGUAGACCCGGUAUUGGUGCUACUCACUCUUCACGUUUUAUUCCACUUAAGUAAAAUGCUUUUUUUCAAUUCAUGAAUAAAAAUAACUUGAAAAAUUAAAAAAA